AUGGGAAACGAGGUUGAGAAGCUGAAUUUGUUGGAAGCAAUACGUUACAACCGUGGUUCACUCCAGCUUCUUGAUCAGACAAAACUACCCCAUCAGAUGGUUUACGUGGAUAUUGCAGAUGCAAGUGCGGGAUGGAGAGCAAUAAAAGACAUGGUUGUCCGGGGGGCUCCUGCCAUUGCUAUUGCUGCUGCCCUUUCCUUGGCUGUAGAAGUUUCAAAGCUGAAAAGUUCUGUCCAGUCAGCUGAGGACGCAGCAGUUUUCAUUGCUGAGAAGUUGCAAUAUCUUGUAACCAGUCGCCCAACGGCGGUGAACCUUUCUGAUGCUGCUUCAACACUUACGGAUGUGGUACAGAAAGCUGCUUUGUCCUUGGACGCUAGAGGUGUCAAUCAGGCUUACAUUGAAGCAGCUGAAAAGAUGCUUGACGAUGAUGUGGCUUCCAAUAAAGCAAUUGGCUCUUAUGGAGCUCAAUUUCUUGUACACCAACUGAAAAACUCUGACAAGAUAUCUGUUUUGACCCAUUGCAAUACCGGCAGUCUUGCAACAGCUGGAUAUGGAACUGCUCUGGGUGUGAUUCGUGCACUGCAUACAUCGGGAGUUCUCGGAAGGGCUUAUUGUACUGAAACACGCCCAUUCAAUCAGGGAUCCAGAUUGACAGCAUUUGAGCUUGUUUACGAGAACAUUCCUGCCACUCUAAUUGUGGAUUCUGCUGCUGCUGCACUGAUGAAUGCUGGUCGUGUUAAUGCUGUAAUUGUAGGAGCUGACCGUGUUGCUGCUAAUGGUGAUACGGCCAAUAAAAUCGGAACUUACAGCCUUGCUCUUUGUGCUAUGCAUCAUGGUAUUCCAUUUCUGGUGGCUGCCCCUUUAACUUCCAUUGAUUUAUUGAUUGCUUCUGGGAAAGAAAUUAUUAUAGAAGAAAGAUCUCCCGAAGAAGUGACGCAUGCCCGUGGUGGACAUGGUGAGCAAGUUGCUGCUUCUGGGAUUUCUGUGUGGAAUCCAGCUUUCGAUGUUACACCAGCAACUGUAAUCAGUGGCAUCAUAACAGAGAAGGGUGUCAUUACGAAGAAUGGGACAGAGGAUUUUGAUAUCAAAGGCUUCAUAGAGAGGGUAGCAACCAAGCCCUAA